CUAUAUAUAUAUAUAAAUCAUAUCAUUCAUGCAGAGUCACCUGAACAUUUCAUAAGUAGAUAUACAAGCCUACCAAACAUUUCAAAAUAUAUAGAAAACGUCUCAGAAGUUUAUUAUUCCAAAGCUGUAAUAUAUCAUCAUGAUCAUGAAGAUAUCUAUGGCUAUGUGCAAACAGCCAUUGCCUCCUUCGCCGGCGUUGGACUUCCCACCAGCACGAUUUGGUCCCAGUAAUAUGCUAACUCUAAACCCGUACGGUCCAAAAGAUAAAGUCGUGGUCAUCAUGGGUGCUACCGGAACAGGCAAGUCACGACUCUCCAUCGAUUUAGCCACACGUUUCCGGGCAGCUGAGAUCAUAAACUCCGACAAGAUCCAAGUCCACCAAGGUCUAGACAUUGUCACCAACAAGAUCACGAGCGAGGAGAGCUGCGGGGUACCGCAUCAUCUCCUUGGCGUCUUGCCGCCUGAAGCCGACUUAACCGCCGCAAAUUACCGUCACAUGGCGAAUGUCUCCAUUGAAUCCAUCCUAAACCGUGGAAAGCUUCCAAUCAUCGUUGGAGGUUCAAACUCCUACGUGGAGGCUCUAGUGGACGACGAGGAAAACAAAUUCAGGUCGAGAUACGACUGUUGUUUUCUAUGGGUGGACGUGGCACUUCCCGUUUUGCACGGGUUCGUGUCUGAGAGAGUUGACAAGAUGGUGGAAAAUGGAAUGGUUGAGGAAGUAAGAGAAAUUUUUGACUAUUCCGAUUCUAAUUACUCGAGAGGGAUCAAGAAAGCAAUAGGGGUUCCAGAGUUUGACAAGUUUUUUAGGAAUGAGAGGUUUUUGAACGCGGGAGACAGAGGAGAGCUUUUAAGGAAAGUGGUUGAAGAAAUAAAGAGGAAUACCUUUGGCUUAGCUUGUAAGCAAAGGGAAAAGAUCGAACGGUUGAGAAAGGUAAAGAAGUGGUGCAUUCAGAAAUUGGACGCCACUCCGGUCUUCACAAAGCAGCGAAGGUCCAAGACGGAUGCUGACGUGGCGUGGGAGAGGCUCGUGGCUGGACCAGGCACCAUUGCCGUGUCGCGUUUUAUGCUGGACAUUGCCAGCCAUCGACCGCUCGUGGAAGCUUCAACAGGGGUAGCGGCGGCCAGGGAACGUGAGAUGUCGAGGUGUCUAGUGGCAUGAUCAGUACUAACCACGUAGGCUGGAUUGGGAAAUGUGGUUUGAGUUUAACGCCAAUGGUUUAUUGGUGAUGAUGACGUGGCAAUGAUGAUCACAAAAAUAAAAAUAUACAAGACUAGAGAGGAUGAGUGGGGGGGAUCGGAGGACAAAAAAAUAUAUGACAAUAAGCUAG